CCAUCGUUCAAUUCAUAACAGAAAUUUUAGUCCUCAUACAAGCUUAAAAUCCAAACUCUCUCCCAAAUGCAAAGUCCUUCCCGCUCUCUUUUCUUCAUGUUGCCUUCUUUUGCCCGUGGUUUAGCAGUGCAUGGGCGGUGGCCAGGCUCACUCAGACCCGCCCGACAAGGAGGAGGACCGAAAGUCGCCGCUUGCUGCGGUGGCUGGUCUGCGGCUCCAAGAUGCUCCUAUUCUUUUCCUGCUUUACUUCCAUACGGCUAUACGGGCGGAGCUUACUGAGCUCCGGCGUUUGGCAGUUGCGGCCGCUGCGGAUGGGAAGAGUGACUCAUACUCGCGUGAAUUCGUGGGUGAGCUGUUUAGAAGGUUCGAGUUUCUUAAGCUUGUUUGUAAGUAUCACUGCGCUGCUGAAGAUGAGGUUGUCUUUCUAGCUCUGGAUGCACAUGUUAAAAAUGUGGCUUGUACAUAUUCACUGGAGCAUGAAAGUAUAGAUCACAACUUCGAUUCUGUUUUCUAUUGCUUAAAUGCAUUGGAGGGAAGUGAAAAUACCUCUAAAGCAUUGCAAGAACUUGUAUUUUGCAUUGGCGCCAUCCAAGCUUCUAUUUGCCAGCAUAUGUUGAAAGAAGAAAAGCAGGUUUUCCCUCUGCUGGUUAAACAUUUUUCUUUCCAAGAACAAGCUUCUCUGGUGUGGCGGUUCAUUGGUAGCAUCCCUGUAAUUCUGCUGCAGGAUUUUCUACCAUGGGUGAUCUCUUUUUCUCAACCAGAUGAGCAAGAAGAAAUAAAAAAUUUUGUAAGAGAAGUUGUACCGAAGGAAAAAUCAUUGCAAGAGGUUGUAGUAUCCUGGCUAGAUAAGAAACACCGGACUGGUUUUGAGUUUCACAUUGAGCUUGCGAAAGGAGUUCAGCCUCUUGAUGGACCUAUCUCUAUCAAAAGCAAAUUCAAAUUCCAUUUGAUUAAGAAUCCUCUUGGAUGGAUGAAAGCGCCUUGUUUUCAAACAAAUACCGGGAAUAAUCCAAUUGAUGGCCUUCUUUUCUGGCAAGGAGCCAUUCAAAAAGAUUUGAAAGAAAUUCUGGCAGAGCUGCAUCAAGUAAAAACAUCAAGCUGCUUUCAAAAUCUUGAUUUUAUUGUACUCAGACUGAAAUUCCUUGCUGAUGUCCUAAUCUUCUACUGCAAUGCACUGGAGAAGCUUUUUUACCCUGUCUUGGUUGAUGUUUCCAACAUUCAGCUGUCUCUGCCCUCUCAAGAUCUCUACAUUGCAAGUGAUAUUAAACAUUUACUGUACUUGGAAAAUUGUAAUAGUCGAAAGGGGAUAACAGCAAAUGAGUUUGUGAAGGAGCUGUGCCAGAAACUGGAGUCCUUUGUGAUGAACAUUGACAUAAAAUUUAGUUUACAAGAAAAUGAGGUAUUCCCCAUCAUUAGCAAGAACUGCAGUAAAGAAAUGCAGCAGCAGCUUCUGUGCAUAAGCCUCCAGGUGGUGCCACUAGGUUUGCUGAAAUGUGUGGUCACCUGGUUUGCUGCUCAUUUAUCUGAGGAUGAAUCUAGGUCCAUUCUGCAUAUUAUAAAGAAAGGAUAUUCUUUGACCCAUGCAUCUUUUGCAUCCCUUUUGUUGGAGUGGUUCCUUUUAGGUUAUUCAGGAAAAACCUCAGUUGAAAGUUUUAGAAGGGACUUGGAGAAAUUGUUCAGCAACAGAUGCUCUUUUCUUCCUGUGUCAAUUGAGGAGGAUGCUGGAUCUUCUUCCUUUCUUUCCGAUAUGUGCCUUGGUAAAGGAUCUAAAUCUAAGAUAAUUAAGCCAGUUUUUGUUUACAAAGGAAAGAAGGACUUCCCUUAUUCUUCAGCCAGCUCCCAUGGCAUUAAGCACGAUGAGACAUCAAACUGCGGUGGAAUCAAUUUGCAUAUAUUUUUUCCCAAAAUGACAAGGGAUUUACGCUUUUUUCCAGAUUUUUCUGUUGAGAAGAACUGUGUUGAUUAUGCUAUUGAUGAACCAAUACCAAUGGAUAUGAUUUUCUUCUUUCAUAAGGCUUUAAAGAAAGAUUUGGAUUAUCUUGUCCUUGGUUCAGCUCUGCUGACAGAAAAUGCCGGGUUUCUCCCUGAGUUCCGCCAACGCUUCCAUUUGAUACACUUCUUAUAUCGGAUCCACAGUGAUGCAGAGGAUGAGGUAGCUUUUCCAGCUUUGGAAGCAAAGGGAAAACACAGAAAUAUCAGCCACUCUUAUUCUCUGGACCAUGAAAUAGAAGCUGAAAACUUCAGCAAAAUAUCCCUCAUUUUGGAUGAGAUAUAUGAAUUGCAACUUGAAUAUUCUAGUGGUGAACCAGUUACACUGGACUGGGUGGCGAAGCGCCAAAAGCUGUGUAUUGAUCUUCAGGAUACAUGCAAAUCGAUGCAUAAGUUACUCUCUGAUCAUGUGCAUCGUGAAGAAGUUGAACUUUGGCCCUUAUUUAGAGAAUGUUUCACGCUAAAGGAGCAAGAAAGGAUCAUAGGAAACAUGCUUGGAAGAACAGGAGCAGAAAUAUUACAAGAUAUGAUACCCUGGCUUAUGUCAUCUUUGACUCCGGAUGAGCAGCAAACUCUUAAGUCCUUAUGGCACAGUGCCACGAGAAAUACAAUGUUUGAUGAAUGGUUAGGAGAAUGGUGGGAAGGACAUAAAAUAGCUAAGGAAACAGAGGAGUCAACUAUUCCUUCGUGGACCCCAGAUCCAUUGGAGAUUAUCGCAACAUAUUAUCCUGAAGUCCUUAACAAACGAGAAGCCAUUUGCGGCAAUUUCUCAAGAACUAGUUCGAAUGGUGCUGAUGUUGAGCUGUUAAGAUUGUCCAACAUAGAUGAUAAAGUAAAGGCUUUUAAAGGUGAUGAAAACUGUUCUGAAUGUUCCAAACUGUUUAGCAUGAGCAGUGACAAGCGAUGCAAUGAAGCCGCUGAUCUGAUGGGCUGGACUAAUGAGCCAGAUCAAAAGUUUCAAGUAACUCAUAACACUGGGCAAUGCAAACAACUAAAGACAAUGAGUCAAGAAGAUCUAGAGGCUGCCAUAAGAAGGGUGUCAUCUGACACAUCCUUAGAUCCUGAAAGGAAAUCACACGUGAUGCAGAACUUACUAAUGAGUCGUUGGAUUCUUAAGCAACAGAUAUCUAAUUUAGAAGUAAACAAUUCAAAUAAUGGAGAAGGAAUUCCAGGUCAGCAUCCAUCCUAUCGUGACCCUCUGGAACUAGCAUUGGGUUGUAAACACUACAAGAGGAACUGUAAACUUUUUUCCCCAUGUUGCAACCAGCUUUAUACAUGCAUUCAUUGCCAUAAUGACGUGGCUGAUCAUAAACUGGAUAGAAAAUCUGUCACAAAAAUGAUGUGCAUGAAAUGCUUGGUAAUUCAGCCAAUUGGAUUUACAUGCUCAACGGUUUCCUGCCAUAAUCUAUCAAUGGGAAAAUAUUAUUGCAGGAUCUGCAAGUUAUUCGAUGACGAAAGGCAAAUUUAUCAUUGCCCUUACUGUAACCUCUGCCGAGUAGGGAAGGGAUUGGGUGUUGACUACUUUCACUGCAUGAAUUGCAAUGCCUGCUUGUCACGAUCUCUGUCACUGCAUGUAUGCAGAGAAAAGUCCUUUGAAGACAAUUGUCCUAUUUGCCACGAAGACUUCUUCAGCUCCACAGCUCCAGUAAAAGCGCUUCCUUGUGGACAUAUGAUGCACUCAGCUUGUUUUCAGGAUUAUACUUGUACACACUACACCUGCCCAAUCUGUAGCAAGUCACUUGGGGACAUGCAGGUCUAUUUUAAGAUGUUGGAUGCUUUUUUGGCUGAAGAGAAAAUUCCAGAUGAACAUCAUGACCGAAAUCAGGCAAUACUAUGCAAUGACUGUGAGACAAAAGGAACAGCUCCCUACCAUUGGAAGUAUCAUAAGUGCUCCAACUGUGGCUCAUAUAACACGAGAGUACUAUAGAAGAUGAAAGACAAGCGCGCAAUUCUCUCGCCAUCCAUUGCCAAUUGAAAGAAACCUACCUUAGGUCCACCAUGAGGAUAAUAUGUCUAAGGGUCUGUCUUCCGUAUUUUGAAAACUUUACCAACCGUGUGCAUGUUCUAGAUAAAUAAAACCAAGAAACUCAUUCUUGUUAUCCAGCUGCUUAUUCAAGUGAUGUUUCCUAUUAAACCCUACGCAAAGAUUCUGCUUAUAAAACUACCCAUACUAAGGGAGACAAUGGAUAUGAUGCUUUUUGUUUUAUAUAAAUUAUGGAAUUUUUUUUCAACUUAAA